AUUUAUGCCUUACUAGAAGGGUGUAGUGAAAGUGUGACCAGAACUUUACUCGUUUCUUUGAUAAGGGAAACAUCAGAACAAGUGUGAUAAAAGUGUACUGAUGUAUUCAUUAUACAGAAUACUGAAGAUAUAAUAUACAAACAACAAUAAGGUACAGGAGCAGUGGAUGACCUUAUUGCACUUCAGAACUGUUCUAGAAAGAAAGGGUGUUGCAACGAGAAAAUGUUUUCAUUUAAAAUAGAUUAUGAGCAGUCAGUUACAUGUCCACGCUGGAGACAUUAUAAAAUACAUCACAAUACAGCUUAACUCAUACACAACACAAAAUAUUUCUUGUACUCCAGCCAAGCAGGACAAUUCUAAAUGCAAGCAAACAAACAUUAAAAAACAUAAUAGGUUUCCCUUCCACACACAUCUCUUAUUGCAAAAGAAUAGGUAACCGUCUUCAUGAAUAAAAGCAAAAUGACCACGUGAUAGAUCAAGGACCCAGAACAAGAACACCACUGAACAUAACUGACAUUCACAUCGAUUUUUGAUUCAGGUACACUUGUGGGAUUAAUGGUAUUGAACGGAGAUGUGGUUUCCAGUGGCUUUCACAAAAGACACCCAUGUCAAUGCUGGCUGAUCAGUACAAACACACAAUUAUCUCCGAGAUUAAAAAUUAUGGCACAUUUGGCUGGUCAGUUAAGAAGCCAAAACACAGAACAAGGUUAUUCAACAUAGUAACCGCACUUGUCUGCAUGCACGCCAAUACCGUAGCGACAUAUAUGAAGCAAUGCUGUUACUACUAGACCAAAACAUUUGAUAUCCUCCACAACUCAGCACUGCCAUGGAGCUCUCCAAUAAUGAGCCAAUGGAUCCUUUGCCGAAAAAUACCCAAACAAGACAGGCUGCUUUAAGAUUGUCGCUGAUAUUCAUGCUGACUUUCGUGUUUUUUGAGGUAGUGUUUCUUCCAGAACGUCUCUGGGCACAAAGAGCACGGAUACGGUCGCUUGCCCGUAUGACCGCGCACGUGACCGUGCAGUACAGACUUCUGCUUGAAGCUCUGGGGGCACAAGUGGCACUCGUACGGUCGCUUGCUGGUGCGGACGUACAGCACGCUCAUGUGGUGGACGUCAAGGGAAGCACAGGGUGUCCCCCUCAGUGGAAGGCCCAGGCCCAGCCACCCCAACUUGCUGGUUUCUGCGAAUAAAGUUCAAUCCUCACCCCCUCCUGCAACAUACCAUGUUAUCAAAACAUUUACCGCCACUCAUUAUGAAAAAUAUGACAGCAAAUUUUGCUACGAAUGAGAAAACU